AUGGACGCCCUUAAAGAACUGGGGUCGGGGAAAGACUCCGCGGGGACAGACAUGCUGCUCGCGCUGCUAGCACAGAACGAGGACCUGCGCAAAGAGAUCCCCUUGUGCGCGGGCUGCAACCAGCAUAUCGUGGACAGGUUCAUCCUCAAGGUCCUGGACCGGCACUGGCACAGUAAGUGUCUCAAGUGCAGCGACUGUCAGACACCGUUGGCCGAGAAGUGCUUCAGCCGUGGGGACGGCGUCUAUUGCAAGGAGGAUUUCUUCAAGAGGUUCGGGACCAAAUGCGCAGCGUGCCAACAGGGCAUCCCGCCUACGCAGGUGGUUCGGAGGGCUCAAGACUUCGUCUACCACCUACACUGUUUCUCCUGUGUGGUUUGCAAGCGGCAGCUAGCUACAGGCGACGAGUUCUAUCUCAUGGAGGACAGCCGGCUGGUCUGCAAAGCCGACUACGAGACUGCCAAGCAGCGGGAGGCCGAAUCUACCGCGAAGCGGCCUCGAACCACUAUCACGGCGAAGCAGUUGGAGACGCUGAAAAACGCCUACAACAACUCGCCCAAGCCUGCGCGCCACGUCCGGGAACAGCUUUCUUCCGAGACUGGCCUCGACAUGCGGGUGGUUCAGGUCUGGUUCCAGAAUCGACGAGCGAAGGAGAAGCGACUAAAGAAGGAUGCUGGCAGGCAGCGCUGGGGUCAGUACUUCCGCAACAUGAAACGCUCCCGAGGCAACUCCAAAUCCGACAAGGACAGCAUCCAGGAGGAGGGGCCGGACAGCGAUGCUGAGGUCUCCUUCACAGAUGAGCCAUCCAUGUCAGAGAUGAGUCACUCCAAUGGGAUUUACAGCAAUUUGAAUGAGGCUUCACCAGCGAUGGGAAGGCCAGUGGGCACCAAUGGUAGCUUCCCAAUGGAGCACAGUGGCCUUCCUGCUCAGGACCAGUAUCAUGACCUUCGAUCUAGUAGCCCCUAUGGCAUCCCCCAGUCUCCAGCCUCCCUGCAGACCCUGCCUGGUCACCAGCCAUUAAUCUCCACCUUGGUUUACCCUGACCCCAGCCUAGGCAUUGUGGCUCCAGGUGGACCUGGUGUGCCCCAGCCCAUGCGGGUGAUGGGGGGAAAUGGACCCAGCUCUGACCUGUCAACAGGGAGCAGUGGGGGCUACCCUGACUUCCCAGCAAGCCCUGCCUCCUGGUUGGACGAGGUUGACCAUGCUCAGUUUUGAUACAGGAUGCAUUCCCAGCCCCAAUGGAGCCUGAAAGCACAGGCUGGGUAUUUGAGAACAGCAGGACUCCAGGCUACAUCUAUGGGAAGGAGGGGGGGUAAAGGGACAGAAGGAUGGGCCCCUGCCCUCCCUCCCUCUUCAUGUGCUGAACAUCCAACCAGGUCAUGGGCCACCUUGAAGACUUUGGAUGCAGGGAAAGAAUAUCAGGGGACCCCUCAGGUUCUUUCAGGACAAGACUGAAUCCCCAGAUGGAGAUUUUUCAGGUUUGAAGAACUCUCCUCUUUUUCUUUCUGACUCAGCUCAUUCUUGUACAUGAGCAUGGACUGGGCCUCAUUAGCGGUCUCCAGCUUAAAAAGGCUGGCAUUUGCUUUUAUUUUUUUAAAUAGUCUUCUAUUUCAUCCCUUGACAGAACAUGUCUAUAAUGCUAGAGGAGAAAUGUUGCUUCAUUUACAGCCAAUCCCUUUUCUAAUCAUUCUUCUCUGGCUGUGCCUCCCUAUCUUGGUCCAAAACAGCUGACAUUUUGGGAUUCUUAUUAUUAUUAGUUAUUUUUAUUUGCAUUUACUGUUUACACAUCGAAUGUCAGUGACUUUAGUAAAAAAAAAUUCUCUUUAUUUGGAGCCCCAUGAAUUCAUAAUUUGUUUUACUUUCCACAUGGCAUUCCUGACUCUCACUGAGUCAACA